CCAUUACCAACAAUUCGAAGCUAUUACAAUUUUAGAAUUAAACCAUGGAUGUCUUCUACGCCUACACCUACUCCACAUCAGCAUGGCUGGCCCUGCAAAGCGCCGCCCUGAUCUCAGUCCCGCAAGGAAUCUCAGCAAUGCUGCUUGACGAAACCCGUCCUGCAACCCCAAUCGAGAUCUACUUUGCCCGCUGUCUAGGCUUUAGCCUCCUCACAAUCUCAGUCCUCACUGCAAUGCUCACGGGCUCAAUCCCCUUAACGUCAGGCCUCUCAGACCCAAUUUCAACCGAAGACCCGGCAUCCGAGUCCGACCCCAAAGCACCAUACGCUGUGCCCACGCUGAUUGUGACAUCGGCGUACCAUGCCGCGUCGGCUUUCUAUGCAUACACGCGCUAUGUAAGCGAUGCCAAGGGAGUCUUUUUAAUUGCGAUUGUGGCCUACUCGACUAUCGCUGCGGUGGGGCUGUGGUGUGUGCUGUUUGCGAGCAGCCAUGGAAGGAUUAGUCGGCGGACGGGGGUGGAUAAGCGCACGUCCGGGUUUCCGUUCAAGAAUAAGGAAGCGAAGAAGAAGCAUGAGAAGGCCAUGCAGUUCCUCAAAUCCAUUUUCGCCGGGUUGCUGUUCUCCCUCUCGAUGCCUUCGGGCACGGGGGCGUCAGAUCUAUACAGACAGCACAAUAAGAUCUCCCCCAAAGUCUUCAUCGUCUCGAUGUUCACCCCCGAAGCCCAAAUCUGGCACAACAUCCCCGAAUUCAACCUCCUGGCCCACAACAUCACCCUCCCCGGCCUCUCCCCCCUCUUCCCUUCAGUCCACUGCACUUCAUCCUAUGAAGUCUGCCAACUCAUCACCGGCGAAGGCGAAAUCAACGCCGCAUCAACCCUUUCAGCCGUAACCCUCUCGCCCACCUUCAACCUAACGCAAACCUACUUCCUCAUCGCCGGAAUCGCCGGAAUAAGCCCGGAAAUCGGACCUACAGCAUCCGUCACCUUCGCGCGCUUCGCCGUCCAAGUCGCAUUACAGUAUGAGUUCGACGCGCGCGAGAUCCCCGCAAACAUGUCCACGGGAUACCUACCCCAAGGCUCAACCAGUACAGCAACGACGGCGCAGUUCCCGGGCAGCAUCUACGGGACGGAAGUCUUCGAGCUGAACGCGGCUUUGCGCGGAAUCGCACUGCAAUUCGCCAAGAACGCGACGCUGGCGGAUUCGAAGGCGGCGGCUGAAUACCGUGCCCUGUAUGCUGGUGCUCCUGGUGGGCUUUAUGAUAAUGCGACGGGUGCCCCGCGGGUGAUUGCUUGCGAUACCUCGACGAGUGAUGUGUAUUUCAGUGGGAGAUUGUUGGGGGAGGCGUUUGCGAAUACGACGCGGGCGUGGACGGGUGGGAAGGGGGUUUACUGUACCUCGCAGCAGGAGGAUAAUGCGUCGUUGGAGACGUUGCUGCGCGGGGCGCUGGGUGGGUUGGUUGAUUUUGGGAGGAUUAUUGUGAUGCGGACGGCGUCGGACUUUGAGAGGCCGCAUUUGGGGGAGACGGCGCAGGAGAAUCUGUUUGAGGCGGAGGAGCAGGGGGCGUUUGAGCCUGCGGUGGAGAAUCUUUACCGGGCGGGCAUCAAGGUGGUUGAGGGGAUUCUGGGGGAUUGGGAGGGGAGGUUUAAGAGGGGCGUUAAGGCUGGGAAUUAUAUUGGAGAUGUGCUGGGGACUCUUGGUGGGAAGCCGGACUUUGUACCGCAGUCUGGUGUGGCCAAGAGGGCUACCAAGGGGGGACGAUCCAGGAGGUGAAGUAUAUCGGGUGAAAGGUUAUGGGACUGUACUCGACAGAGACCGUAUAUAGCAUAUACAUCAUAGUAGAUAUACUAUACAUAGACAAAUCGGAAGUGCUUGCAGGCUGACCCACGGCAGUCGUAUACUUAAGGC